CCGAAGCCCUCUCCACCCCGAACAGCGGAGCAGAAAGCCGGCCGAGGAAACCCGCGAGAUGAAGGAGCCUCCUCUGGCCCCGCUGGAGAUUUGCCCCCGUCAGGCGUGUCCUUUUUAAUCGAGGCGGCGGGGGGGAGGGAGGCGCUCCGAGGGGCGCCGCGUCCAAGUGGGGAGACGGGCUUUCUCCUCCGAGAGCCUCAGCGCGGCGGCGAGGCGAGCUGACUCUUGGCAGUGGGAUGUUCUCAUCUGUGCAUUCGUGCCAGCUUCCUUGGCUUGGAUAUAGCAUCGUAUUAGCACCUGCUUUUACUGCAGCCUGUAACUAAUAAUUCAAUAAAGGAUGAGGAGAUUUGUCUAUUGCAAGGUGAUUCUUGCCACUUCUCUCAUGUGGGUCCUGGUGGAUGUGUUUCUCCUGCUGUACUUCAGUGAGUGUAACAAAUGCGAUGACAAGAAAGAAAGGUCCCUGCUGCCUGCUCUAAGGGCUGUUAUGUCAAGAAGCCAAGAAGGACCAGGAGAGAUGGGAAAAGCAGUUCUCAUUCCCAAGGAUGAUCAGGAAAAAAUGAAAGAGCUUUUUAAAAUCAACCAAUUUAAUCUUAUGGCUAGUGACAUGAUUGCAUUCAACCGAAGUUUGCCUGAUGUAAGAUUAGAAGGAUGUAAGACAAAAGUCUACGCUGAUGAGCUACCCACCACAAGUGUGGUCAUAGUGUUUCAUAAUGAAGCUUGGAGUACUUUGCUUCGUACUAUUUACAGUGUUAUCAAUCGGUCUCCACACUACCUACUUUCUGAGAUCAUCUUGGUAGAUGAUGCCAGUGAAAGAGAUUUUCUGAAGCUCCCAUUAGAGAAUUAUGUAAGAAAUUUGCAAGUGCCAGUAAAAAUUAUUAGAAUGGAACAACGGUCGGGUCUGAUUCGAGCUCGGCUUAGAGGUGCUGCCGCUUCUAAAGGCCAGGUCAUCACUUUCUUGGAUGCACACUGUGAAUGCACUACAGGUUGGCUGGAGCCCCUACUGGCAAGAAUAAAGGAAGACAGGAAAAUUGUUGUAUGCCCAAUUAUCGAUGUAAUCAGUGAUGACACAUUUGAAUACAUGGCUGGAUCAGAUAUGACUUAUGGAGGAUUCAACUGGAAACUCAAUUUUCGUUGGUACCCUGUUCCCCAAAGAGAAAUGGACAGAAGGAAAGGAGAUAGAACUUUGCCUGUGAGGACCCCUACUAUGGCUGGUGGCUUAUUUUCUAUUGACAGAAACUACUUUGAAGAGAUAGGAACAUACGAUGCAGGAAUGGAUAUCUGGGGUGGAGAGAAUCUUGAAAUGUCUUUUAGGAUAUGGCAGUGUGGAGGCUCCCUGGAGAUUGUAACAUGUUCACAUGUUGGUCAUGUUUUUCGAAAAGCUACUCCUUAUACAUUUCCUGGUGGUACUGGUCAUGUAAUUAACAAAAAUAAUAGAAGGCUUGCAGAAGUGUGGAUGGAUGAAUUUAAAGAUUUCUUCUACAUAAUAUCUCCAGGAGUUGUCAAAGUGGAUUACGGAGAUGUAUCAGUCAGAAAAGCAUUGAGAGAAAAUUUAAAAUGUAAACCAUUUUCAUGGUACCUAGAAAAUGUGUAUCCAGAUUCUCAGAUUCCACGUCGUUAUUACUCCCUUGGAGAGAUCAGAAAUGUUGAGACAAACCAAUGUUUAGAUAACAUGGGGCGUAAGGAAAAUGAAAAAGUAGGCAUAUUCAACUGUCAUGGCAUGGGAGGAAAUCAGGUAUUUUCAUAUACUGCCGACAAGGAAAUUCGCACAGAUGAUUUAUGUUUGGAUGUCUCUAGGCUCAAUGGGCCUGUAAUUAUGCUGAAGUGCCAUCACAUGAGAGGAAAUCAACUUUGGGAAUACGAUGCUGAGCGACUGACCUUGAGACAUGUGAACAGUAACCAGUGUCUUGAUGAGCCCUCGGAGGAUGACAAAAUGGUUCCAACCAUGAAGGACUGCAGCGAAAGCCGAUCCCAGCAGUGGCUGCUACGUAACAUGACCUUGGGUGCCUAAAGCCAAGACACAUACUUCAUGUCCUUCCUCAGACCUUGGAAGGGUCUAAUCUGCUCACUCUUCACACAAAAGGAUGUUCUUCUUCCCUUGUGGUCGGUGAAGAGAAAGGAUUUGGAUGCUUGAUUCAAAGCCCACAUGCCAGAAAA